UUCUGGGGCUUAAUUCAAUAAGAAACAGAGAUCCUUUCCUGGGAAAGCGCCUGUUUGAUUGCUCAGAAAAGAUAGCAGUUUGCGGUCAGUUUCAUCAUAUUUCAUGGCUUUGAUACGUGGCUUUGUGUUGUAUUGUGUGGUGUUAUAGUUUAAAACUCAGUGGGGUUUUGUAUUUCAGUGUAUCUGAGGUAAGUCACAGUUACACAAAGUGAUUUCCCCCUUGUUGUAGUUUUUUUUUAAAUUCAUAUUGCCAAUGUAAAGCUCUUCCUUACAAACACACACAUACACCUGAAUCUCCCUUCCUGAAUACAGAAGAAGGAGGAGUGCUGUCAGAAUAUAAAGCUGAACACAACACAGACUCUGAUUUUCACUUGCUCCCACUGAGACUCAAAAGGAAAACAGAAACAGCUGUGAGACAUGAAAGGAAAAAGUGUUGUGCUGUUGUUUGUGUUGCCGCUGGUGCUCGGCCAGCAAAGGACCUACAACUGGGACGCGCCAGGACAAACCCUCCCUCCAGAUCCCAUCAACCCGUGCCUGACUGACCAGGACUCAUGUGGUUGUUGUGUGAUGCAGAGGAAAAAAUGGCAGUUAGAAGAAUAUUUAAACUCUAGUAUGAAUUCACUGGAGGAUUCGCUGGCCAGAGCACAAAACACACUGAGAAACAUUAGAGAGAAUCGAGUGGCAUUUUCUGUGGGUCUAACCGACAGGAGACGUUGUAUUGGUCCAGUGAGGACGGCAAUAAAUGUGGUCUAUCAGAGCAUCUUUAUCAACAUUGGAGAGGCCUAUAACUCAUCCACUGGUGUGUUCACGGUUCCACGGUCAGGCGUGUAUAACCUGGCAUUUACCGUGUUCAGCGACGCAGGCUCACCAGGUGCACUGCUCUCCAUCUGUACCAGUAUCAGGAGGAAUGGUGUGGCUCUAGCAGCACUUAGGGAGGUGUAUGGUCAAGACCAGGAGGACCAGGCCACAGCUGUCUUACUUGCACAGCUCAGCGUAGGAGACCGUAUUACCAUCAGUCUCCAGACUGGCUGCUGGCUCUGUGAUGAUCAGAAUCAUUACAACACAUUCAGUGGAUUUCUGCUGUAUGCUACAGAGUGAAGCACACAAACAUAGACUAUUAAACCUAUAUUAGUGAGGAGCUCUCAUAGAUGCAAUGGUUUUCAUACUAUCCUAAACCUAAAUAUCACACAAACCUGUUGACGCUAUUAAAUUUGAAGCAAAACUUGAUUUGGCAAAUUUUAUUUCAGUUAGUGAGGAUCACUUUAAAUGUCCUCACAUGUUAGUUUUCAACAUGUUUCACUAUAUUUGUAAGGGUGGUUUUUAACUAUUUGACACACUCACACACACUUAUUGUAAGAUAGAAGAAUG